CUAAGAUGAAGAAAACCAGGGGUAAACAUGAAGACCAGCAGGUUAAUUUUAGUAAACAACAAGCCCCCAGACCUCAUUAACACCCUUCUCAAAUCCCUUCUCCCCCAGCAUUCACUUCGUGCCAUUCACCCUCGCAUCUCUCGUCGUCUGCCCCUCCAUCGGAGGGCGAGAGCGGAACCCUCGUUCUUCUUCCCAGUAAUUCAACCUUAUUCAUCUCUUCUUCAUCUCCAUUUUCUAAUUUAUUUUUACAGUAUCCUCGUUUUUUAAUAAUGUCAACCAUUCUAGCCCCCUUCCAACUCUUGGAACUAAAUCUUAUAUCCGCUCAAGACCUCGCCAAUGUCUCCCGGUCCAUGCGGACCUACGCGGUGGCUUGGGUACACCCAGACCGGAAGCUUUCGACUCGAGUCGACACCCAGGGAGACAACAACCCCACCUGGAACGACAAGUUCGUCUUCCGCGUGGACGACGACUUUCUAUACUCCGACACCUCGGCCAUCAUGGUCGAGAUCUAUGCGCUCCACUGGUUCCGGGACGUCCACGUGGGGACAGUCCGUGUCCUCGUCGGGAAUAUCCUCCCUAACCCGCCCCGGGCGUUCCAGCGCAACAUCCAGUCGCCGGCUGGGAUGCGUUUCGUGGCGCUCCAGGUCCGCAGGCCCUCGGGUCGGCCCCAGGGGAUUCUGAAUAUUGGCGUGGGAGUGCUUAACAGCUCCAUGCGGAGCAUGCCAUUGUACUCGCAGCUCUACUCCUCGGGUGCAGUAGGGUAUCGCCACCUGAUGGGAGAGGAUGACUCGCAUCUCCAAGGGAACGGGUCCAUUCAGACGGCUGUUUCCAAACCUUCCGGCCUCCGACGCACCAAGAGUGACACCAGCUCUAUGAUCAGGUCUGAACUCCGGGCCUCAGAACUCCGAGGGGUCCCAAAGAAGGGAAAACCGAGCUCCACAGUCAACGGGUCAGAUGUGGGUCCCAAGAAAACGAAAUUCUGGUCCAGAGCAAGUAAUUCGUUGCUCAGCGGUUCAGACGUCGGGAAGGGCAAAAAGAGAAAGAAUAAGAGCGCAAAGGAGUCCAGGCCCAGCUCCGUAAUAAGUGGAUCCGAAGUCAGCGGGUACGCAUCAGUUAAGGAUAAAACCGGAAAAUCCAGUUCGAUAGUCAGCGGUUCGGAAGUUAGCCGAGACCCACCACCUAAGAAGGGCCAUAAAAAAGGGGGUAAAGGCAAGCCGAGUUCCGUCCAAAGCGAAUCGGAGGCAGCACCUGAAGUAGACCCGCCGACGAAACGGGUGGUGUUGAAUGAAAAACCCAUUAGAGAAGCCGACAACUGGUCAGAGUCGGAGGUGGACACGCCGAAAGUAAGACUGAGCACACUUGAAAAAGCGGGUUUCUACUUGGAUUAUGAGAACCCGAGAAAAUCCCGCAUGACUCCCUUGCACUCAAAUGCGACACCCAUGCAUGUCCGCAUGACUCCCAUGCAUACACGUGGGACACCCAAGCAUCCACGUCUGAUACAGGUCCACCCACGCGCUACACCUAUUCGUACGAAAUCCUUCCACAAGUUCAACGGGCUGUUAGAGUACGGAACGCCGCGCAGGUCGGCGUUGAUGGAUUACAAUAUCACCCCGCGCAAGUCGGUAGUACCUAACUCGAGGAUGUUCUUGACAGAGUCUGAGCUGGGUCCAUCGCCGUCUGAAGUGGCAGCAGAAAUGGCUAAGGUGCAGCGACUGGACGAGGAAGGGAGCUCAUUGGUGGGCGGGGCCAGCAUGGACGAGAGCGUGGAAGGGCUACAGUCUAAGCUAGAGCGUUGGCGAACCGAGCUCCCGCCCGUGUACGACACAGGUGAGUUCUCGAGCGUGAUGUCGAGCAAGAAUCAUGAGAAAGAGCAGCGUAAACCAGAUGGCGGUAAUGGUUUGUUCUCGUGCUUCAGCAAUAUCUGUGGGUGUCAGUGCCAGAUCGUUUGCGGUGGCGACUCUGCAAACAAACCAAGCAAGAAAGUUGGAAGUGGGAGAAUCCACCGACGGAAUGCCUCGUCCGAGAAGAUGAGUUUCAUUUGAAACAUUGAAUGGAUGAGUCGGCUGCGGACCGAUUGAUCCGGACUGGUACUUGGGUUGUGAAGAAGAAGGUGUAUGAAUACCCCCAAAAAAAGUGGGAAAGGAAAUUAAUUUAUACUCAAAAGUUUUUAGCCCUCACGUAGAGUAUGUAAAUUUUCGAAAUUAUCAAUAUUAAUUGUUAUGGCGUGGACAAUUCCUUUUA